GAAGCCGUGCCAAAGUGAGACCUUCCUGAAAUGCUGCAGUUUUCACAGGAAAUUGCCACAAAACCCAGUACCAUCCCAUAAUAUUGGUUUUCCCAGCAGUUUGCACGUCAGCAGCUCAGAUUUUAAAUGCCCAAACGACCUUCAGCUGCUCCAUUUUUCAGCCCCGUUAACAGAUGGGCUCCAACCAGAAGCACUUUGGGCACUGCUGUCCUUGGCUCAACCAAAUCCCUCAUCCCGAUGGAAUUCCAGCAGCAUUUUGGCCACGACCUCAGUUCCUGUGGGAUGUGGGAUCAGAAUUUUGCAGCAGUCCCAGGGGUUGGAGGGCAUUGGCUGGUGGAAGUGUUGGUGAGGACCAUCAUAUUGGUGGGGACAUCAUGGUGAUAAGAGCAUCGUGUUGGUGGGAACAUUGUGUUGGUGGGAGCAUCAUUUUGGUGGGAGCAUCAUAUUGGUGGGGACAUCGUGUUGGAGGAAGGAUCAUUUUUGUGGGGCUAUCGUACUGGUGGGGACAUCACGUUCAUGGGACCAUCAUUUUGAUGGGACCAUCACAUUGGUGGGGACACCGUGUUGAUGAGCAACUCCCAGUUUCGGAGUGCGUGUCUUUAAUUAACCUCAUGGCUGUGCCCCAUGAAUUCUGAUUCCAGAAAACCCACCCGUGUUUGUGCGGUUGGGACUGGGGGCGUCGCUGGGUUCCUCCUGGUGGGGGCAGCUCUGCUGGGUGGUGUAGGAUCCACUCGGGUGUCCCGGAGGAGCCUGGCUCCAUGCAGGACCCAGAGGCUCCAACUGCCCCCAAGGGUGAUGUCCAACAAGGGGCUGAGCCAGAGAGUAGCUGCAAGAGAACCCUUGUGGAGAAGCUGAAGCAGGGACCCGAUGAAGAGGCUGUGGUUGACCAAGGAGGAACGAGCAACGUUGUCAAUAUCCACUAUGAAAAGGAGGAGCUGGAAGGACACCGGACCCUGUACGUGGGUGUGCAGAUGCCCCUGGUGAGGCAGAGCCACCGACACCACCGGCCCCGCAGCCAGAAGCAUCGGAAGCGCGAACGGGCGAAAGAGGCAGCCCCCGAAGAGCAGGGCUACCACUACACGCCGUCCCAGAGGGUGCAGUUCAUCCUCAGCACCGAGGAGGACGAGCAGCACGUCCCUCACGAUCUGUUCACCGAACUGGAUGAGAUCCGCGUGAAAGAGGGCGAGGGCACGGAGUGGAAGGAGACGGCGAGGUGGCUGAAAUUCGAGGAGGACGUGGAAGACGGCGGCGAGCGCUGGAGCAAACCUUACGUGGCCACGCUCUCCUUGCACAGCCUCUUUGAGCUGAGGAACUGCAUCAUCAAAGGCACAGUGCUGCUGGAUAUGUGUGCCAACAGCACCGAGGAGAUCGCAGAUAUGAUCCUGGACCAGCACAACCACUCCAGUGAGUUUGAUGAGAGCAUGAGGGAGAAGGUCCGGGAGGUCCUUCUCAAAAAGCACCACCACCAGAAUGAGAAGAAGAGAAACAACCUCCUCCCCAUCGUCCUCUCCUUCGCUGACAAGCCAGCCCAAACGCUCAUCCCCCAUCCUCCUCCCACCACCAUAGAAGCUAAAAAUGGGGUAAGCCACGACACCAGCCCCAUGGAUUUAAGCAAGGCAGAGCUGCACUUCAUGAAGAAAAUUCCCACCGGGGCUGAAGCAGCAAACGUGCUGGUGGGAGAGCUGGAUUUCCUUCAGCAGCCCAUCAUGGCCUUCGCCCGCCUCACCCCGGCCGUCCUCCUCUCGGGCAUGACAGAAGUCCCCAUCCCAACCAGGUUUCUGUUUGUGUUGUUGGGACCAGAAGGAAAAGCCCAUCAGUACCACGAGAUCGGCAGGUCCAUGGCCACGCUCAUGACGGAUGAGGUUUUUCAUGAUGUUGCCUACAAAGCCAAGAACCGGGCUGACCUGGUGGCUGGCAUCGAUGAGUUCCUGGAUCAGGUCACGGUUCUGCCACCGGGAGAGUGGGACCCAUCGAUCCGCAUCGAGCCCCCCAAAAAUGUCCCUUCUCAGAAAAAAAGGAAGAUGCCCGGAGCUCUGGAUGACAAUGCUUCUCACAGAAAGCCUGAAAAACAUAGCGGCCCUGAACUGGAGCGGACGGGAAGACUCUUUGGAGGUUUGAUCCUGGACGUGAAGCGGAAAGCACCGUGGUUCUGGAGUGACUUUCGGGAUGCACUGAGUCUGCAGUGCCUGGCAUCCUUCCUCUUCCUCUACUGUGCCUGCAUGUCCCCUGUCAUCACCUUUGGGGGGCUGCUGGGGGAGGCAACCGAUGGCCACAUAAGCGCCAUGGAGUCACUGCUGGGCGCAUCCAUGACUGGCGUUGUGUAUUCCCUCUUUGCUGGCCAACCUCUCACCAUCCUUGGCAGCACCGGCCCUGUCCUCGUGUUCGAGAAGAUCCUCUACAAGUUCUGCAAGGACUACGCACUCUCCUACCUGUCCCUGCGGACGUGCAUCGGGCUGUGGACUGCCUUCCUCUGCAUGGUGCUGGUGGCCACGGAUGCCAGCUGCCUGGUGUGCUACAUCACCCGCUUCACCGAGGAAGCCUUCGCCGCCCUCAUCUGCAUCAUCUUCAUCUACGAGGCUCUGGAGAAGCUCAUCUGCCUGGGAGAGACCUACCCAGUGCACAUGCACAGCCAGCUCGACUUCCUCACCCUCUACUACUGUAAGUGUGCAGCUCCCACCCAUCCCACCAAUGAAACGCUGCACUUUUGGCAGAGCAAUGAGGUCAACCCUGCAGCCAUCGCCUGGGAAAACCUCACCGUAUCUGAAUGUCGACAUUUGCAUGGAGAAUUUCAUGGACCCGCCUGUGGACACGAUGGCCCCUACACACCCAAUGUCCUCUUCUGGUCCUGCAUCCUCUUCUUCUCCACCUUUGUCCUCUCAAGCUCACUGAAGAUGUUUAAAACCAGCCGCUACUUCCCAACCAGAGUCCGGUCUACGAUAAGUGACUUUGCUGUUUUCCUCACCAUCGUCGUCAUGGUGGUCAUUGACUUCCUCAUUGGGAUCCCAUCACCAAAGCUCCACGUCCCCCAUAUGUUCAAGCCCACCAGGGAUGACCGUGGGUGGCUCAUGAACCCCAUAGGACCCAACCCAUGGUGGACGGUGUUGGCUGCACUCAUCCCAGCCCUGCUCUGCACCAUCCUGAUAUUCAUGGACCAGCAGAUCACCGCCGUCAUUGUGAACAGGAAGGAGCACAGGCUGAAGAAGGGAUGUGGGUACCACCUGGACCUCUUCAUGGUGGCUGUGAUGCUCGGGGUGUGCUCAGUGAUGGGGCUGCCCUGGUUCGUGGCUGCGACCGUCCUCUCCAUCACCCACGUGAACAGCCUUAAACUGGAGUCAGGCUGCUCAGCUCCUGGAGAACAACCCAGAUUUUUGGGGAUACGAGAGCAGAGGGUCACGGGAUUGAUGAUCUUUGUGCUCAUGGGCUGCUCUGUCUUCUUGACUGCUGUGUUAAAGUUUAUACCAAUGCCUGUGCUGUACGGUGUCUUUCUCUACAUGGGGGUAUCGUCGCUCAGAGGAAUCCAGUUCUUUGACCGCCUGAAGCUGUUUGGGAUGCCGGCCAAGCACCAGCCCGACUUCAUCUACCUGCGGCACGUGCCGCUGCGCAAAGUGCAUCUCUUCACCCUGGUGCAGCUCACCUGCCUCGUGCUGCUCUGGGUCAUCAAGGCGUCCCGUGCGGCCAUCGUCUUCCCCAUGAUGGUUCUGGCUCUCGUUUUUGUCCGGAAAGUCCUGGAUUUCUGCUUCUCAAAGCGAGAGCUCAGUUGGCUGGAUGACCUCAUGCCAGAAAGCAAGAAGAAAAAGUUGGACGAUGCCAAAAAUGAAGCCAAAGAAGAAGAGGAGUCUCAGCAGAUGAUGGAAGCUGCUGCUGCAAACUCAGUCCAGCUGAGCCUGGGGAAGACGAGCUACGUGGGUGUCCCCAAGCAGAACAGCAGGGACAGGACUGACCCUUCUGAGAUCAACAUCUCAGAUGAAAUGUCGAAGACAACUGUGUGGAAGGCUCUCACCAUGAACGCAGAAAAACUCUGAAUCCGAGGAGGAAAAAGGGAAAAGUUGUCCUCUGUAGGGAUCUUGGCUUUGAAGGAGAGGAGCGAGAACGUGACUCAGGGAUGAGCCAGCGCAGCUCUGUUGGGUGGAGGAAGCAAACACGCACCCUCCCUGGUUCUCUCCUCCAAGUAGCAGGAUUCCCAUUAAAGCCAUUUAAGACGUU